AUGCUUUUUUUUCCUUUUGGUUAUUAUGGCAUGUGUGUUGUCUCUGUAGAGAAAAACUGCAACAACAGUAAGUUCAAUCUUGUUUUGCGCACAUACUCUAUUGUCCAAAAAGAAGAGGAAAAGAAAGGCAAAUCCCGUAUCAUGCCUGGCUUCUCUUUUGCCAACGUGCAGCGAAACCUAAACCUUCAGCGGCAGGGUCUGCAGCCCCCCAAAACCCUUAAAACAGGAACCACUAUUGUGGGGGUUGUGUAUAAGGAGGGCGUAGUACUGGGUGCAGAUACCCGUGCCACAGAAGGUAGUAUUGUGGCAGACAAACGCUGCAAGAAGAUUCACUACAUGGCUCCUAACAUUAUGUGCUGUGGUGCAGGAACGGCGGCUGAUACGGAGGCUGUGACAAACAUGGUUUCUGCUAAUUUGGCACUUCAUCGUCUUGAUACAGGCAAACAAUCUCGAGUGCACGAAGCACUCACCAUGCUGAAGCGUCACUUGUACAGAUAUCAAGGCCAUGUAAGCGCCGCGUUGGUUCUUGGCGGCGUGGAUGUAGAGGGGCCUUUUCUGGCAACAGUUGCCCCACAUGGCAGCACCGAUCGUCUUCCCUUUGUAUCAAUGGGAAGCGGUAGUAUCGCAGCCAUGUCCGCACUGGAAACUGGAUACAAGGAGAAUAUGACAUUGGAAGAGGCAAAGGAAUUGGUGGCUUCCGCCAUCCGGAAAGGGAUAUUUAAUGAUCCAUACAGCGGCACACAGGUGGAUCUCUGUGUCAUUACGAAAACGAAGACAGAGUUGCUUAUUGGGUACGAUAAACCAAAUGAGCGUAAGUACCCGAAACAAGAAAUUCGUUUUCCUCCAGGCACUACGCCGGUGCUGAGGGAGGAGAUACGCCAGUUGGUGACAAUCACGGAUGUCGAGUGA